AUGCGUAGUCUUGGUCAAAAUCCAACUGAAGCUGAAUUGCAAGAUAUGAUCAAUGAAGUCGAUGCCGACGGUAAUGGUACGAUUGAUUUUCCUGAAUUUUUAACAAUGAUGGCACGUAAAAUGAAGGAUACCGAUUCGGAAGAAGAAAUUCGCGAAGCAUUCCGCGUGUUUGACAAGGACGGUAAUGGAUUUAUAUCAGCUGCUGAACUUCGUCAUGUUAUGACCAAUCUAGGUGAGAAACUCACUGAUGAAGAAGUUGAUGAAAUGAUCCGAGAAGCAGAUAUUGAUGGAGAUGGACAAGUCAAUUAUGAAGAAUUCGUAACCAUGAUGACGUCGAAAUAA